UCUUCCAGCCGCCGCACAGCCGCCGCACUGCCGCCCCCGGCCCGGUUCCCGCCGCGUUCUGGCGCACAGCUGGGGGAGUCGGGGCCGUGCGCGGCCCGGGCCGCACCGAGAAGAGGGCGGGGGGCGGCCGGCUCUGCGGCGCAUCCCCGGCCUUCUCGCGGCGGGCCGCGGGCCCGGGGCGCGUGAGCACGACGCUCGCGUCCUGCUUCUAGGGCUGCACGGCGUCCUCUGUUACUUCGGAACCUCGUAGAACUGGCGGGUCCCAGCGCUGGCGGUGUUCGGGCAAAUCUUACCUGGGACAGGAUUUAUUCUCCCACUACUUCUGAACCAAUGAACAGAACAUGGGAAGCAAAACUGAAGCAAAUUGAAGAACGAGCAUCUCGUUAUGAGAGGAAACCUUUGUCCUCAGUGUAUAGACCAAGAUUGUCCAAGCCAGAAGAACCACCCUCCAUUUGGAAACUGUUUCAUCGACAAACUCAAGCUUUUAAUUUCGCUAGAAGCUGUAAAGAAGAUGUUCAUGUAUUUGCCUUGGAAUGCAAAGUGGGAGAUGGACAACGUAUUUACCUUGUAACAACCUAUGUUGAACUUUGGUUUUACUAUAAAUCCAGAAACAAUCUCUUGCACUGCUAUGAAGUUAUUCCUGAAGAUGCUGUGUGCAAGCUUUACUUUGACUUGGAAUUUAAUAGACCUGCCAAUCCAGGAGCUGAUGGGAAGAGGAUGGUUGCAUUACUCAUCGAGCAUGUGUGUAAAGCACUUCAAGAGUUAUAUAGUAUUAACUGUUCAGCUGAAGAUGUUUUGAACUUGGAUUCUAGCACUGAUGAAAAAUUUAGCCGCCAUUUAAUAUUUCAGCUCCAAGAUGUGGCAUUUAAAGAUAACAUUCAUGUUGGUAAUUUUGUGAGAAAAAUUUUUCAGCCUGUUCGUCACUUAAUUGCCAGAGAAAGUGACAGUGGGCUUCAGGAGACAACAGGCCAUGGAUGUCCCCAUGUUUCUGAAGCACCAAUAAAACAAGGAAUUUCCUUUAACCAAAUGUCCACAGAGAGCGACAUAGGAGGGAGCUGGACCUUUAAUUCCGGGAAACUGGAGCCACUGGAGUCUGCUGAGCAGAGCUCUCCUGAUCUUUCAUUUUUAGUUGUGAAGAAUAACAUGGGAGAAAAGCAUCUUUUUGUAGAUCUCGGAGUUUAUACAAGAAAUAGAAAUUUUCGACUCUAUAAAUCAUCAAAAAUAGGAAAGCGUGUGGCUUUGGAGGUCGCUGAAGACAACAGAUUUUUUCCUCUCCAGCCAAAAUGUAUCUCUAAAGAAUAUCAGUAUUUUCUUGCUUCUCUGGUCAGCAAUGUCAGAUUCUCAGAUUCUUUAAAAAUUCUUACAUGUGACAUAUCUCAGGAUAAACGAAAGGGAAUUGAAUAUUCUAAUGGAACCAGAACUUCCAGCACUUCAGUAAGAACCAUUGAAGGUUUUCAGUGUUCUCCCUAUCCUGAAGUUGAUCGUUUUGUUCUUUCUUUGGUGAAUAAAAAUGGCAUUACAGGAGGGAUUCGGCAUUGGAACUACUUUUUCCCAGAAGAAUUACUGGUGUAUAAUAUUUGUAAAUAUCGCUGGUGUGCAAACAUCGAAAGAGCUCACAAGAGUAAUAAUAUCAUGAUUCUGGUUGACCUCAAAAAUGAAGUUUGGUAUCAGAAAUGUUAUGACCCCGUGUGUAAAGCAGAAAACUUCAGAUCUGACUGUUCUCCACUACCUGCCGAAGUGUGUCUCCAGUUUCUCUUCAGAGAGAGAAAGAGUCUCACAUCUCACCUUGUCACCCUUGGUAGAGUGCUGUGGCAUCACAGCUCACAGCAACCUCCAGCUCUUGGGCUUAGGUGAUUCUCCUGCCUCAGCCUCCCGAGUAGCUGGGACCACAGGCUCCCUCCACGAUGCCCGGACAUUUUUUUUGUUGCAGUUUGGCCGGGCCAGAUUCAAACCCACCAUCCUUGGUAUAUGGGGGUGGUGCCCUACUCACUGAGCUACAGGGGCCGCCCCACAAAUAACUUUUAUUAGCACACAUAUUAACCCACAUUGCUUAUGUUUAACCUUUUAACCUCUACCAACCCAGUAGGCAAAAGGUGGUGGUUUUAAUUUGCAUUUCCUUAAGGAAGAUAAACCUUGCUUCAGAUUUACUAUUACCUUGAAUUGCUUGUACUUAUCCUUCUAUCCAUUUUUCUCCGGUAAUACUUCUUGCAAGAAUUUUUUUCCCUUUAUUUCAGGAAAUUACAAGUGUGCCCUAUAUUAAUUUACCCAUUCCCUCUCCCAAGAACUUCUGUAAAUUUAUUUUUAUUUUUUUAGCCUUAGGCAUUAUUUUUAUUCACUUGGACACUGUACAAAUAUUACAAUUUCCUUUUGCUGCAAAAAGUAUAAAAAUAAUCUUUUAUAUAGGAAUCCAUUCGUUACUGUAAAUCUUUCUAAAUCUCUGCAAAUGGCUUUACAUGAGGGUAAACGAAUAAAUGGAAAUAAGGGGGGCAAUGGGGCAGCAGGAGGUUGGGCUAAUCCUCAGGGACAGAGCACCCAGAUUCCUAGCUGGAGACCUGUGUUCCUUCCUGUUAGCACCUCCCCACCACCACCUGCAGGUUGUCAGGGCUAAGGGCCCAGCAGAAGAAGGGGUACAUAGGAGCUGGAGGGUCAAGGGGCAGGGAGCAGCAAAGGAAGCUAGGGGUGGUGCUGGGAUGUGCCCAGUUCCACCCCACCCUUUUCUCCUAGAGGGUGACCCGCUAGCAGGAACAGGGCAGUGGGGCUGGACAAGCUGCCCUAAGGGGGCAGUGGGGAGUCCUCAGGUCUGUGCCACUGGGUGGCAGCUGAGCCUGUGAUGAACAAGCCCCAGAAAAGGAGAAACAAACACUUUGGCUCCAUGGUGGUGGGUGCUGAAGCCCUUUCCCCUACACUGCAAGCACAGUGCGAGUGCCAGAGCAGGAAUGGGAACUGUGGCCAGAACUGUGCAGAGGGGAGGCUGGGGAACAGGAGUCUGUGGCUCUCAAGCUGUGUAAGGGUGAGUGAGGAAGGUCCCCAGGCAGGCCCCAGGUCAGUCUGGGUCCUGGCCACACAGGGCAUGUCCCUGUCAGUCAGAGUUGAGAACAGGUACAUUAAAGAGGUCACAGACACCUUCAGUCUCGUCCAGGUUGUAGAUGUAAUCGUGGUCUCCCGGGGGGCGGAGAAAGGCGGGGGGAAGGGGGCACACACUCUGAGGACAUCAACUCCUCCAGUAGCUCUGAACUCAGGCAUUCUCUUGUGGGAUCAAAGAUUUCUGACAGCUCUUUGGGGAGUUCCAGAACAGCGCCGCCCUAUAAAUUUAAACCUUUACAUCUGUCACUAAAAUUUACCUGCUACAAAAAUGGAACAAGUGCUUGAGUUAUUCAGUCUGUUUUUAAAAAUGUCUUCUGUAAAAACCCCAUCCAAGUUUGAAAACGGUGGAAAUUCUAUCCUUGGUCUCUAAGAUAUGGAUAGCUGAAUUCUCUGGUAACUACUAGGUUAAAAAAUAUUUUUAGGGCAGCACCCAUGGCUCAGUGAGUAGGGCACCAGCCCCAUAUACUGAGGGUGGUGGGUUCAAACCCGGCUCCAGCCAAACUGCAACAACAACAAAAAAAUAGCUGGGCGUUGUGACGGGCACAUGUAGUCCCAGCUACUGGGGAGGCUGAGGCAAGAGAAUCACCUAAGCCCAAGAGCUGGAGAUAGCUGUGAGCUGUGAUGUCACGGCACUCUACCAAGGGUGACACAGACUCUGUCUCUACUCUGUCUCUUAAAAAAAAAAAAAAAGUGGGGCGGCGUCUAUGGCUCAGUCGGUAAGGUGCCGGCCCCAUAUACCGAGGGUGGCAGGUUCAAAACCCGGUCCCAGCCAAACUGCAACCAAAAAAUAGCCAGGCGUUGUGGCAGGCGCCUGGAGUCCCAGCUACUCGGGAGGCUGAGGCAGGAGAAUCACUUAAGCCCAAGAGUUGGAGGUUGCUGUGAGCUGUGUGAGGCCACGGCACUCUACCGAGGGCCAUAAAGUGAGACUCUGUCUCUACAAAAAUAAAAAAAAGUGUAUUUUUAAAAGUUAACCCCUCAGAAAUGCCAGGGAAGAUACAGUAUUAUAGCUACAACUAUUUGAACGUUUAUUUAGCUUUUAUUAUAAACACCCAUGUACCUUUCACUCAGUUUUUUAACAGUUAAGUAAUUUAAAUUACCAGUGGUUGUUUACAUACUUUUGUAUUACACUGAUCAUCUUACUAGCACACUGGUCAUCUGAAUAUUAAUUAUAAAUUUUAUUUAAGAAGGAAGUCUGUCCUUUGCCUAUAUUGGCCACAUUGGUUUUGUCCCUCUACUGUAUGCACUGUUUUUGGUGAAUCUCUUGAGCUGUAAGAUGCAGACAUCAAAACCUUCCAUGUCAGUACUAAAGAAUGACGUUUACGCUGCAAUGUUAAAUGCAGGAAUUUACCUCAAUACAGGAUUAUUAUCUAACAUACAAUCUGGUCAUGUUUUGCAGUUGUUCCAAAAUCAUCUUUUUUCAAUCCACGUUCUUCAUUUUAAAAAAUACUUUUAAAAUAUAGGGAAAUAAGUCCAUGGUCAGGAUAGCAAGUGUUUUUUCCAAUUCCAGUUGUUAAAUCUGCCCCAUUGCGAGAUACUGAAAAAACUGCAGGAAAGUGGAGUUUUCGUAUGUGUCUGAGCUUGGAGACAGGAGCUGUCCAGCAUGUCCACUUUAGUACCUGCUGAAUACCUUAAUUCAAUAUAGGUUGUGUUGGUGAAAUCACAUAUCUUCCCCUCACCUUUUCCUGCUGAAAUAAAGGAAGAGGAGUUUCCAACAGAUGAAGCAGACGACAGUAGGACCAAGACUACUCAUCAGCAGUCACCUCAUGAGUUGUCAGCCCAU